AUGCAGGCACAGACGUAUCAAGACGCCAGCAGGACGCUGCUUGCCCAAGGGUUUGCGGAACUGAAUCAGGGCGAUACGCGCCAGGCUUCGGAAAAAGGUUGGGGCGCGACGGCCCAAAUGCUCAAGUGCAUCGCGGAGCAGCGAGGUUGGGAACACAAGGGGCACCGGCUGAUCCGGCGGGUGGCGAGCCGACUGGCUGACGAAACGGGCGAUGCCGAAAUCCGCAGGCUGUACCGGGUGGCCGACAGCCUCCAUAUCAAUUUCUACGAAGACGUCGAUACCGUGGAAGAUGUUGCGGCUGGAUUGGAAGACAUUGGGCGUUUUUUGGACAAACUUGAUCCGUUGGCCCACACUAUCAAUCAGACCUAA